AUGAGUAGAAGGCUUUCACGAGAGGAAAAAGGGAAAAAUCCCUGCUUUGAUGCGCACCAAGCCCCCCGUACAGCUCGCGUUAAAGCUCAACUUCCGGAUACUGCCGAGAUCGACAGCAAGUUCUCCCUCACUAUAAUAGGCAGAGUCACAAACCCCUCAGCUCAAAAGAUCUGGCCCCUCAUAUCCUUCUUCACGGAACUUUGGAAAUCUGACGUGAGACCAAUCGGAGCUGAUUUAGGCAAUGGCCUCUUCCAAUUCCAGUUCGAACGCGAAGCUGACCUAUUGCAAGUUCUUGACAAAAGACCAUACCAUUUCUCAAGAUGGAUGGUGAUAGUUCAAAGAUGGGAACCUACAACCUCAAUAUCAUUCCCAUCACUAAUCCCCUUUUGGAUAAAGGUGCAGGGCAUACCAAUCCAUCUGUGGAAUGAAGGGACUGUGAGAAGCAUUGGAGAAGACAUUGGGUCAUCGAAUACCCAAGACGAAGUGGUUGCUACACUGAAAUAUGAAAGACUUGAGAAGCACUGCUCAAAGUGUUUUCGAUUAGAUCAUGAACUGAAGGAUUGCUUAGAAGCCAAGCACCAAAACAAAGCGCGCUCGGCAGCGCAAGAAGCUAAUCAACAGAAACAACUCUCCGACUUCUCUGUUAAGGAGACCCGAGACGCUCGAGACAGAGAACCACGAGGAAACUUUACAUUUCAAUCCUCUGCUUCCAAUAAUGCUGAGACACAGGAAAGGAAAACCUCCAAAGACACGAGGGAAAUCUCAAGCCAUAGAGCCUAUAAGCCUCAGUCAAAGGAAUGGGAGGAAAGAGGAUCCUUUAGACGAUCACAUCAAACCAGAGACCGUAAUUUUGGAAUUGAUGACAGAUACCAUCGACCAUCGAGGGAUCACAGCCAAAGAUACCUUGUAAACCAAGGAAGAAGCUAUUACAGAGAAAUCCCCAGGAGAGCCAAUGACUCCAUAGAAAUGGGAUCGCUUCCCCUAAAGCAUGCAACUGAGACAUCUGCAAGAGGGGUUCCUCUGCAGAUCUGUCCAACAAACUUACCUCGCGAAGCGGUUCAGGAAGCGCUAGGGGAAGUACGAGAAGCAAUGCUACAAUACACAAAGAGUGCAGACCCAACUGAAAGUGAAGCCCGCAAAGAGAGAAUGCGACAAGCUGAGGAAAAUGGAGAAUUGGAGGAGACUGCAAUCCAAAUGGUCAGAGCUUCAAUAGCGGCAGAAACAGGAAAACAGAGACUGGAACAUGCCAUAUACUCUCCGGAACGAGUCCCAGUGACUCAACGACUGGGCCCCUCUCCAACACCACAAAACUCGAGGCAUCAAACAGGGAGGAAUGAGCAACUUUCUAACUCACUGGAUCGUACCCCUGCUAAUUUAAGGUUGGGACCUGCUGGAUCGGCACAUGUAGAAGCAAUGGAGGUUUCUCCAAUAACAAAUGAACGAGUACCAGCCUCUCUCCGGCUUGGACCCUCUACGGAACCUGGGAGUCAUAAGGAACCGCUUGGUGUACCCUCAGGAGAAAAGAGGAAACCCGGACGUCCCUUGGGUAGAAGGAAAGUUCAAGGCAGCCCAAAGCCGGGUGCAGGAACUGGAUCAAAGAAGAGAAAAGUCACUCAGGCUAAGCCUCCGAUCGCAAGGAGAAAGCUACCUACUGAUCAGAAAACACCAACAAAAACAAAAACAAAAACAAAAGACAAGGCUGGACCGUCAAGAGGAAAUGCCAGGGCCUCAACAUCAACAACAAGCUCGGAGAAUAGGCCACUGUGUAACAUGAUCCCAGCAACUUCAAGGAAGAGGACGGGUUUUCGGACUCCGUCCAUUCCCGGUCCUUAA